CCAAAUCUAAAACAAAUAUCUCCACCCACCCACCGCCGCAACCACCACCGCCUCUUGCUCUUCCCAAUUCCGGUCAAAGCCCUAAUCUAGCCGGACCUCGACUCUGUUCCUCACAUGGGCGAAGCGGCCAGCGACGCCGACUACGACCGCAUCUCCGCUGUCGCCGGAGACGGAGGCGACGACGGCAGCGUCCUCGAGUGGGAGCUCGGCCUCCCCAGCGGCGACGACCUCGUCCCGCUCUCGCAGUCGCUGAUCCCCCCGGAGCUCGCCUCGGCCUUCCGGAUCAACCCCGAGCCCGCCCGGACCCUUCUCGACGUCCACCGCGCCUCCCAGCACACUAUCUCGAACCUCCGCCGCAUCACCCCCUCCCCCGCCGCCGCCGCGGCUCUCAGAUCCUUCCACCCCUUCCCCUUCCCCGCGGGCGACGACGACGACCCCAUGGCCUUCGAGGCCGACGAGCCCUCGCACAAGACCCGACGUGUGGACUCCGCCGCCGCCGCCGCCGAGGAGGCCGAGUCCUCCGCCCCUGCGCCUGAGAAUUCCAACGAUGACCACUCCGCGCGGACGCUCAAGCGACCGCGGCUCGUCUGGACGCCGCAGCUCCACAAGCGGUUCGUCGACGUGGUCGCCCAUCUCGGCAUCAAGAACGCCGUGCCCAAGACCAUCAUGCAGCUGAUGAACGUGGAGGGGCUGUCGAGGGAGAACGUGGCGAGCCACCUCCAAAAGUACAGGCUCUACCUGAAGCGAAUGCAGGGGCUGUCGAACGAGGGGCCGUCGUCGUCCGACCACCUCUUCGCCUCAACGCCGGUGCCGCAGAGCCUGCGGGAGCAGCAGCUGCCGGUGCCCAUGCCCUAUGCCGUUCCGACGAUGAUACCGAUGCCGGCCUACGGCAUGCCUCAUCCCCACAACGGCCAUGGGAGCCCGAUGGGGAUGGUGCCGGUCAACAACCACCAGGUGGGCGGGGCUUUCUACGGCUUUGAGGCACAUCAUUAUCCAUACGGAGCUUUCGGGGAGCGUCACAAGGAUUGGUGAGGUCGACUCGAUUGUUUCAUAUGCUAAUGUUGGACAAUAAACGACUAUAAUUUCCCAAAAGGAAUAUGGCUUCAGAUUACUAAUCCUA